CGUUGGCGGCAAUUCGUUGCGUUCGGUUUGCCAUAUCCACUCGGUUGAUUGGACUUGAGUUUACGGAGCUAACGCAGCUCGGAGUGAUUUUCGAAUAUUGUUGACAGCGAUUUUAGGUGCUCCAUUCACGAUGAUGCGCCCGCUGACGAUGCGGAGUUGGCUGGCAACGCUGGUGACGGCGCUGCUGGCGGUGGCCACUUGGCCGGAUCCGGGCCAGAGUCUGCCGCAAGGUGCUCCGGAAACCGUGUGCGACACCAUGCUGCCGUUCCACUCCGGCGGCAGUGUGCUGCCCCAGAACAGUGUGUCGCCCUUCAGUGUGGAGACCUCCUCCUCGACCCUUGGCCAGGGUCAGACGCUUCGCGUGGAUCUGACGGGUGUGCCGGCUGGCCUUAGUUUCGGUGGCUACAUGAUCCAGGCGCGCAAUCGGAAUCCACCCCAUCAGAUUAUCGGACAAUUUGGACCCGCCCGCGAUGGCACCAUUAAGCUGAUGAACUGCGAGAACUCCGUCAAUAAUUCAGCCACGCAUAGCAAUGCCGGUCCCAAGCAGCAGGUUAUCCUGGAGUGGCAAUCACCAGUGGACUUCCUCGGUCAGGUGGUGUUCAAUGCCACCAUCGCCCAGAGCUAUAAUGAAUUCUGGGUGGGCGUGCCCUCUCAGCCCGUUCAGAUAGUCCGUCGCGAUCUGUCCGCUGCUCCACCACUACCCACACAGAGUCCAUCUGCACCCGCGGGCAGCACUCGUGCUCCCUAUGUCCCGCCCAGCUAUGUGGCGCCAAACAACGUGGUAGCCGUCUCCUCGGAUCCCAUCUACAAUGGCUGCGGACAGAGCAAGAACUGCUUUGGAUUCCCCGACGGUUGCGUGGCCACGAAGAGCUGUACCUCCAUCACUGUGGUCACGGUGCGCGGGGAUGUCUUCGAGUUUGAGAUUCAGUCCGACAAGGGUGAGAACCAAUGCGCUUACGUGGCUGUUGGUCUUUCUGAUGACGCCAAGAUGGGUGACGACUUGACCACCGAGUGUGUGCCAGAGAAUGGCAGGGUUAACCUGUAUUCCUCCUUGACUUCGGCCUCUCCUUACUCGGCAGUGAGAUCCAGUGUGAACCAGAACUCAGCCCGCCUACUGGACGCCUCCAUUGUGGACGGAGUGAUCUAUUGCCGUGUGCAAAGGGAUGCAGUGACCAAUGUCCAGGGACGCACCUUUGAUCUUCGCAAUGGCAAAUACCACCUGUUGGUGGCAUCCGGCACCGCUCUUAAGGAGAACAGCGUGGGCUACCACGACAUUGGACGACUACCCUCCGCGCAACCGAUCAGUCUGGCGGAGGUACAAGACUUGAGCGGAUCCAGCCGGCUGCUGAUCCAGCUCCAUGGAGCGUUCAUGAUUGCCGCAUGGAUUGGUACCACCUCGCUGGGCAUCAUCUUUGCGCGCUACUUCAAGCAGACGUGGGUGGGCAGCCAGAGCUGCGGCAAGGAUCAGUGGUUCGCCUGGCAUCGCCUCCUCAUGGUCACCACCUGGUCGCUCACGGUGGCCGCUUACGUACUCAUCUGGGUGGAGCUGAAGCGGGCUGUGUGGCAUGCCCACUCGAUAAUCGGUCUGAUCACGGUGAUACUGUGCUUCCUUCAACCCAUUGGAGCUCUGUUCCGACCGGGACCCAAUGACAAGAAGCGGCCGUACUUCAACUGGGGUCAUUGGCUGGGCGGUAACCUGGCCCAUAUUCUGGGAAUUGUUACCAUCUUCUUCUCUGUAAAACUACCAAAGGCCGAGCUGCCCGAGUGGAUGGACUGGAUCCUGGUCAGCUUCGUGGUGGUGCACGUGCUGGUCCACCUGAUAUUCUCCAUCGGCUUGUGUUUGAAUCAUUGGCAGAUUGGCGGCAUGGCCUCGGAGCGUCAUCUCAGCCAGCGGGCGAACACCUUCCAAAUGGGCGAUAUGUCCCAUCAUCAGCAGCACGCCAUGCGGAAUGGCAUGAGCAUGGAGCGGAAGAUGGAUGCUCCGUAUGCGGGCAUGCGCAAGGGAUUGCUCGGAGUUUACGGCGUGGUGCUGGUUCUCUUCGUGACGGUGCUGAUUCUGCUGGUGGUGCUGGCGCCCAUCGAACAAUACCUGGGGAAGUCCUAGGCGCUCAAUUCGGAUGUCCUGUAACCUGUCCCCUUUCAAUACUCGUGUCAGUUUUUUGUGCUCAUUGUUUUAACCCCUUCCGCCCACGGCUCUGCCCUGCCCUCCACCACCCAAAUCCCCACCCUUUUUCCCAUUCAGCUUUGUGUUGUUAAGUGUAAUUAGGCGCAUGUGUAACCUGGGGCGGAGCGUUCAGUACAUGUUAUAUAAUUUAUUAUUAAUAAAAUAAAACAAGCCAACAUAAA